AGACUUUACAUUACCUAGACACAAGCUUUUUUCUUACGUGUGCUUUGUCAUAAGAAUAUAGAUAUACAAUAUAAAUUUAGGUACUACAAUGACUAAACGGUUAAAUCUCCACACACUAAAAGUGUUGACAAGCGUAACAGUUAUCUUUUCAAUGGUCUCUCUUAUCCUAUUCAGCCAGCUCCGAUCUAGAUAUAACAAAGAAAGAUCAUUGAAAGCAUGGACUUUACAAAAAUUCAGAACGAAGCUGAAAAAACUGGGAUACGAACCGGUGGAGGAUCACGCUUUCAAAUCCCCGUUCAUCAUAAACCCGAACCUCUACCCUCAAGUCAAGCGCGCCAAUCAGACCACGAAAAUUAUAUCCAUAUACAACUGCCCGAAAUUUUUCAAGAACGAUGCUUGUGAUGCGUAUAACAAGGACUUCAAGGACUGUGAAUACAAAUGCAUUUUAGAUUUAGAAGGGCACAGGCACCUUGAAGCGGACGUUCUUGUUUUCUUUACCGGCUAUCGUAGCUCUACUCAACCGGUGAGGCCGCCAGGUCAAAUCUGGGUCAAGGCUAUGUGGGAAUCGCCAACUAAUUAUGUCUAUCCAGGGAAUUUCAGCCAAUGGCGAAAUGUGUUCAACUGGACUUUUAACUACAGGGUCGACUCGGAUAUUUUUGCACCAAAUAACCUGUUCGCUUGGCGGGAUAGAGACCAGUUAUUGAGCAAAAAGACCUACCUGGAAAUUGCUAGAAACAAAACAAAAAUGGCAGUUUGGUGGGUUAGCAAUUGUUAUACACAGAGCAAGAGAGAGAUUUUCACUAAAGAACUGAAGAAAUACAUUGACGUGGAUAUUUUCGGAUACUGCGGACCCCUCAAUUGCCCCAAAGCGACCAAAGAAGAGUGCGAAAAGAUGCUGACUACCACCUACAGAUUCUACCUCAGCUUCGAGAACUCGCUGUGCCGAGACUACGUGACUGAGAAAUUUUUUCGAAAUUUCAACCGGCAUCACGUGAUUCCGGUGGCCCGUGGCGGAUUUAACUACCGGAAGUACAUUCCCCCUGGGGGCUAUGUGGACGCCUCGCAGUUCCCCAAUGCGUCCAGUUUAGCGAGGCAUCUGAAAAAGCUGGCGGCUAAUAAGAAAAAGUACGCCAAGAUGUUGAGAGAGAAAGAUAAGCUGGUUCCGCUGAAUAGGAAGUUUGAUUGGUGCGACAUUUGUAAGAAAGUACACACUAACAACAGGACGAAGGUUAUCCCAAAUAUAGCAGUGUGGUCUCAUUACAAUAAGUGCCAGAAAGCGAGGGAUUUGUAAAGUUUUGUUUAAG